UAAAAUUAGAUCCUUUGAUCCGCUCAUCUACUAUCGCUACACAAGGAUCUAACAACUCUCCAUAAGAGGUCAUCUCAGAUUGAACUUUGUUGAGAAAAUAGCACCCAAUCAAAUUCUAAUCUCUUGACCAAUCAGAAUAUCGCAUCUAAACUACUGUUCGGGAGUGUGAAAAAAUGGCGGCGCCUACAAUCGAAAACAUUGUCGAAGAACUAUUACCGGAUUUUGGCGUGAACGCUCUGAAACCGGAACAGAAGGAAAUAAUUAGCAAUAUUACAAAGAAGAAAGAUUGCAUUGCUGUCUUGCCAACUGGGUUUGGAAAGUCGUUGCCAUUCCAGGUUUACGCUGCAGCUCAGAAACGAACUAGUCGUGAGGCUGGACAUGUACUCGUAUGUUCGCCAUUGAUAGGCCUGAUGAAGGACCAGACCAAAAAGCUGUCUCGUAUCAGUUACUUAAGCGUUGGCUACAAAGAAAAUUGAUGUGGCAUAAAUGCAAAGAGCUCAACAAACUUAAUUCACAAAAGAUCGAGGAGAGCAGGGCAAAUGCAACAGACGGUGCCCGUUCAAAGUUCAAGAUGGACAAUGUUUGUUAUACAAAAAUUAUUAUUUUCACACAAAUAUGCAGCUAUAUUUAUUCAUGACUUUAAUGCCACAUACAUUAAUUAAAAAACAACAACCUUAAUUGGAUUAUUUUUUAAAUAUACAUUUGUAUUCCACCAUUGUACAUGACGUAUAACUGAAACUCGGGCUCUUGUGCAUACGAUCACAGGCAGUUAUGUCUCUUGGGUUCAAAUUUACUAUUAAAGAAAUGAACUUUGGUAGUAAUGUAAAUGGUUGUGUGUUAUUAUGUGGUUUAUUGUUUUUUCGUCGACGAACUUGGGUACCCUAUAUUCAGAGUUAUAUACCUUUACUCUUUAACAAUAAAUUCGAACCCAAGCGAUAUAAUUGCCCGUGAUCAUAUGAUGUAUGGAGAUUACAAUGUAGGGACAGUCUCGUCCGUGGGACGCUUCAGGAGAUAGUCUUUGUUACGUUUGUAAAUUGAGUAUUAAAAUUGCUAGCUUCUUUGUCUGAACAACUUUAAGACUGUCUGGCGGAUUUUGAUUUAAGAAUUGGCAGUGAAGGUCACUGUUUCUAUGGUAACUGAGAGGAUUCCACGUUUUUGAUUGCUGUCUUUUUUUUAAAUUUAAUUCCAUUCAGCUAAUGACAUCACAGAGUGGCAGGGAAAAAAACACAGCAAGCUAUUUGAACAUUGACUGGAUUCCCGGCACCAUACAAAUAACGGUUAAAGAUUCGACACACGCCAAACAAAUGAUAUCAAUUAUCAAUGUAGAGUCCAUAAAAGCUCAUCGUAAGCUUAUUUCCGAUGGAGUUCAUAAAGUGAACUGGACUUGGCUAAUGCUGAGAAAGUAUAACAAAAUAACAUAAAACUGGAUGCUACACAAUUAGAUAGAUGCACCGUUUUACAUAAAGGGAGGACUAGGAGAUUUGAUAUAUACAACACAGUUCUAACGACCCUAUGUGAGAGUGUAUGGAAUAGAGAUUGAGAUGUACUGCAGACCUCAAAAUACACAAGUUUUACCGUCUUCUUUUUUUCCCCCUUUACACAAAUUGGAUAAUGGAAGAAAGGAACAUUGGAGAAGAAAUGACCGAGAUUAAGUGGGGCUUCAGAUAGCUCUUGUGUUAUCUAAUUCUGAUACAAAAUAAACAAAAAUAUAUUUAU